AUGAUCGGCGAGGUCGCGGUCGCGAUGCGGACGCGACGCACCGCCACGGUGAAGACGGUCACGUUCACGGAGUUGCUCAGUUUGAGUCGCCGAGUGUUUCAAGACGCCGCGCGAGAGGUGCCGGAGACGGCGCGAGCGAUGACCGGCUACGCCGUGAAGCGCAUGCGGGUGGCGCUGUGGAAGCGCGUGCGUGCGAAGAAGACGUUCAUCGCGUGCGUGAACGCGAUUCGAACGGAGGCGGGGUACGACGUGUUGUCCGUCGCGAUCGAUAAGGAGAGAGGCGUCGAUACUAGGGGAUGCGCGGGCGCGGACGCGGGCGCGGAUUCGGAUUCGACGACGAUGAAACAAAAGCCGCCGCCGCCGCCGCGUUCGGGGGGGUCCCGCGGCGGGAUCCUACGCGCGGGGUCUUUCAGCGCCGCGACGACGACGACGACGUCGUCGACGAAAACGGCGACGAGUGAACCAGAAACGCAACCGGACGUGCCGUUACCCGCGUUUCUAUCCCCCCGCCGCCGCCGCCUAGACGACGGAGGCGGCGCGGGCGAGAUGAAACCGAGCGAAUUCUACGACCUCGGCGUCGAGUCCGCGCGCGCGCCCUACCUCACGGACGCGUCCUCCGACGCCGCGCUAGGUAUGUAUUACCGCCACGAGGUCGAGUACGCGACGUCUCUGACGUCGCUGUGCGCGUACGCCGCGCAGAGGCUGCUGCACGGGCUCGACGACGGCGGCGGCGGCGGCGGCGGCGGCGGGGUCGGCGGCGGGGUCGAUCGAGGCGAGGACGCCGCGCGCGUCGCGGACGAGCUCGUCGUGUUGCUUCGCAGGCUGGGGAGCCACGUGGAGGUGAGCGCGGAGCGCGUCGCGAGCACGCGCGAGAUGCAGAGCUCGCGGGGGGGCGACGGAGGGGGGCACUCGCAGUCGUUUCGAGUGCGCGCGUUGACGUGA